CCUAAAGCAGAGACAAUGCAAACAUCUAGUAGUGAUGACCCAAGCUACAGUCAGAGCUCUCCACCUCGGGGUCGCAAGGCUCGAUGGAAAGGAGUUUAUCGGGGCCGUUGGGGGGUUGCGGACAGCUGUUCCUUCAGUGGGGUACAGUCUAAUCCAGAAGAGCAAAACUCAGGGGAGACCAAAAAGGAAAACCGAGUUAUUGUCCUGUAUCUGGAUCUAUCUUUUCUUUUGCUUCUAGAACUCAAGAAAAUGAGUAUGACACGUGGGUGCCUACUCUGCAUCAAAAUCACCAUGUUCAUCUUUAACCUCAUCUUCUGGCUUGGAGGAUGUGGGAUCCUUGGAGUUGGAGUCUGGUUGGCUGUUACCCAGGGAAAGUUUGCCACCCUGUCCAUUUCUUUCCCGUCACUUUCAGCUGCCAGCCUCUUCAUGGUGACAGGAUCAGUGAUAAUGGUGGUGGGCUUCAUUGGGUGCCUUGGUGCCGUGACAGAACACAGAUGUCUUCUGCUCACAUUCUUUGUGGUGUUACUGAUCAUCUUCCUCCUUGAAAUAAUCUGCAUGGUGCUAUUCUUCACAUACAAUGACAAUUUCCACAGAUAUGCACAAGAGGACCUAAAGAAAGGACUAUCACUCUAUCAGACGGAGGGUAAUCUUGGUUUGACCAAUGCGUGGGACAUCGUACAGACAGAGUUCCGAUGCUGCGGAGUGAAGAAUUACACUGACUGGCUGGAAAUGCGGAAUAGUUCACUUGUGCCCCACUCCUGCUGUAUGGAACACAGCGCCUCCUGCCAAAGCAACCCCAGCACCUGGUGGACAGAACCCUGCUAUGAGAAAGUGAAGCGAUGGGUCGGGAAUAACAUUUCCUCUGUUGGGAUCUUCGGCAUCUGUAUUCUUGUUGUGCAGGUAUUUGGUUUGAUCUUCUCCAUGUUGAUGUACUGCCAAGUUAUCAAGGCGGAAAAGUAUUAUGAAUAAUCCCAGACAUUGUGAAGGAGUUUUCAAGAUGAGCCCCAUGCUGUUCUUCCAUAUUCUAAUAUGACUGCCCAUAUACUUCCAACUGGAUGAAGGACUAUCUUCAAGCUUACUUGGAACUGCAAGGCUGAAUUUAGCAUCUUCUCUCUCCGCAAGGGCCAGUGUCUGUUCUACCUUAACUUCCUUCGACACUGAACCAUGAAUGAAAUUCUUGCCCUCGAGCAGCUCGACUUAAUCAUGUAACAAUGAGUACAUCACAUCAGCUUUCAUAAUCCAGCUCCAAUAUGUAUAUAGAGCUUCUGAACUCUGCAAGGAGGAAUAAGGGCUUGUCUUCUCCUUUUUUUUUUUUAAAGCACCAAAGUCAUUAAAUGGAACCCCCCUCCCCCCCACAGAUAUGCAGAUCCAUUGUGGUUUGAAAAAAUUCCCAGUAUGAUCUGAACGGCAUUGCCACCCGGCAUCUUAGUGAAGUUAUAUAGAAAUAGCACAAUGCUUUGAGUCUAGUUAGUGAUGCAGUGAUAAACACCAGAGACCCGUGACUAGACUCAGCUGACUGCAGAGAAGGACACAGAUGUUUAGAAUACUUUGCAGUGGGUAUUUUUUUAUAUACCAGUAUGUAUCCCUGAGAUGCUCAAUUUAAGGACUAAGCAGAUGGUCAGUACCAUAGCAGCUUCAACAUUAUUGUCACCAUGUGUAACGGAAUCAUCGGGGAUAAAAUUCUGAGAUAUGGACUUUUAAACUGUAUUCAUGUUACAUUAUUCUGUAUUUAUAAAGUGCCAACUUGCUCUACAGCUCUACAUACCGGCAUGAAUCCAGGCCUACAUUGCCUAACCAAACUACAAACUAUAUUAUUUUAUACUAUAUUGAAUGUAUACAGAAAUUCUAAACACCUAUGGCUGUGUUCAUGAUCACUUAUGAUGCAAUGUAACCCUAUGUUGGGUACAAUGUGUAUGAAAAUGGCAUUCGGAUGCUAUGAUUGGUUAGGUCACAUACCUUUGUCUUACAUUAAGGGGUUAUAGGAUUACAGUAUGUACUGGGUAUGGUCAUUGGUCAUUGACUGAUCGAUUUUGUUGUUCAUGGGAUUUGGAUGUCCACUAGGAUUGAUAAAAUAGUGAAAAGCAAUUGGUUUAUCAUAGCUUUAUGAAUAUACAGCAUUAAAGAUAACAGCAUUCAUAUAUCUGAGAAUAUACCAUACAUGGCAACAAAUCACGUCUGCUUUAGACAUUGGGAGCAUAUAUCGUUGCCAAAGGGCCUCAGCUCAUGUUGGCUAGUCCUUUUUGUCCAUAAACAAUGUCCUCAUAAGAACACAUUUCCAGUGUGGGACUAGGGUUCCUUGGGCUUACCAUAGGAGAAAAUGAUGACUACCCAUCCUACAUCUACACCAAACAUGAACCGGUUCAUUAUCAUUGUACAAGCAGGAUAUGCAAUCUAAUGGGUGAGUUGUCCCAUGGCAAGUGAUAGGGUCCACCUUUAUGUCAACAGUUGUCUUAUUCUCGAGAGCCUAUUAGAUGAUUUAGGCUCACCAGAGGAUUGUCUGAUACUCUGGUGAACCAAUAUACAGUGAAUUCGGAAAUUCUUCAGUCUUUAACUUUUUUCACAUUUGGUUAUGUUGUAGCCUUGUGCACUCAUUAUCCCCAUAAUGACAAACUGAAAACUGAACGUUAGAAAUUCUUGCUAAUUUAGUGGAAAGGAAAAACAAAAAUAUUGCAUUGACAUAAGUAUUGAGACCCUUUAUUCAGUACUUCGUUGAAGCACCUUUGACAGUGAUUACAGCCUCCAGUCUUCUUGGGUAUGAUGCCAUAAGGUUUCCACACCUGUAUUUGGGGAUUUUCUCCCAUUCUUUUCUGCAGAUCCUCUCAAGCUCUGUCAGGUUGGAUGAAGGCAGUCGGAGAACAGCCAUUUUCAGACCUCUCCAAAGAUGUUUGAUUGGGUUCAAGCCAUAGCUCUGGCUGGGCCACUCAAGGACAUUCACAGAGUUGUCCCUAAGCCACUCCUAUGUUGUCUUGUGCUUAGGGUUAUUGACAUUGUCUUGUUGGAACUUGAAACUUGAGUGUGAGGUCCAGAGCACGCUGGAUCAGGUUUUCAUUAAGAAUAUCUCUGUACUUUGCUCCAUUCAGCUUUCUCUCAAAACUAACCAGUCUCCGUGUCCCAGCUGCUGAAAUACAUCCCCACAGCAUGAUGCUGCCACCACCAUGCUUCACUAUAGGUAUGGUUUUAGGCAGGUGAUAAGCAGUGCCUGGUUUUCUCCAGACAUGACAGUUAAAGUUGAGGCCAAAAAGUUCAAUCUUGUUUUUAUCAGAACACAAAAUGAUGUGAGUCCUUUAAGUGCUUUUUGCAAAAUCCAGGCAGGAUUUCAUGUGUUCCAUCUUACCAAGGCCCUUCUCCCCCAAUUACUUAGUUUGGUAGACAGCCAGCUCUAGGAAGAGUCCUGGUUGUUGCAAACUUCUUCCAUUUAAAAAUUAUGGAGGCCACUGUGUUGUUGUGAAAUUUCAUUGCAUUUUUUCACCAGAUCUCCACACAAUCAUGAUACUGAGCUCUACAGUCAGUUCUUCCCUCCUCUUGGCUUGGUUUUUGCUCAGAUAUGCAUUGUCAGCUAUGAUACCUAAUAUAUAGACAGUGGUUCGUCUUUCCAAAUCAUGUCCAAUCAACUGAAUUUACCACAGCUGGACUCCAAUCAAAGUGUAGAAACAGAGGCCCCAGAGUUAUAUUUCAAGUUUCAUAGCAAAGGGUCUAAAUACUUAUGAUCAUGCAAAAUGUUUGUUUUUCCUUUUUGAAUAAAUUUGCAAACAUUUCUAAAAUUCUGUUUUUAAUUUCACAUCAUGGGGUACUGAGUUCAGAAUGAUGAGGGAACACUUGAUGGGGGAAAACCAGAUUUUUUAUUUUAUUUUAACGCAAGCCCACAACAUAACAAAUGCAAAAAAGUGAAAGGUUCUGAAGACUUUUUGAAUGCAUUGUAUUCAUAGUUCAACAAGAGCUGGGCAACAUUAACAGAGUGUAUGACUUUGGCCUCAAACCCUGACUUCAGAGGUCACAUAUUGGGCACAUAGAACUUAUAACCCCAUAAACACUUACAGAGGCGGACGGAGAACUUAAUGUGGCCCUGGAAAAAACCUAAAAGUAGUCCCAUGUUGUAGGUGGAUCCAUAUUGACAGAAGGCAGGGACAACAGAAGUAACCAAAUACCACAGUGCAGGAUAAAAAAAAUUCCUCUGCAAAACCAAAUACCACAGUGCAGCACAAAAAACUGUCACCCAUGCCAAAGUAUGAAACAGCACCCCCCCCCCCCCGAUCAGCUGUUUCAAUAUGGGCAGGUACUUAUAUUUUUAAAUACACCCUAUAGGCCUACAACCCCUGCCCCCUGCUGGAUGGAUGGUAACAUUACAAAGAGCACAAGUUGGUUACAUUUUAUUGCUUUUUAUUUUUUAAUAGUAUUUAGGCGGUGCCUUUGUGCCAUCUUAUGUACCCAGUGUAUAUAUUCUGUACCACAUUAGUUGGAUGUUCCUUUGAAGUGUAAAUAAUAGUGGUAACUCAGCAGAAAGUAUGUCUAUUAUCCAGAUCUGUGUUAUAUGCCAAUAAAACUUGUAUUGUACUUAC